CUCCCCUCCCUCUUUCCUCCUCUUUAAUUUAACCCCACCAUUUCACCCUUCUUUCACUACCAUCCAUAUAUUCACAUUUUUCUGAAACUUUCUUUCUUGUCAUCACUUUCCUUAGUUUUUGUUAAAACAUGAAAUUCGGAAAGAGCCUGAGCAACCAGAUCGAGAAAACGCUGCCCCAAUGGCGUGACAAGUUCCUGUCCUACAAGGAGCUGAAGAAGAAGUUGAAGCUCGUGGAGCCCAAACCCAUUAAUGGCGUGGAAGAACGCCCCACCAAACGCGCAAGGCACGAGGGAGACAUCAUCAUCAUGUCCAAGGAGGAAACUGACUUCAGGAACUCCAUCGAACAAGAACUCCACAAAUUCAACACCUUCUUUGUCGAGAAAGAGGAAGAAUGCAUCAUCAAAUUGAAGGAGCUACAGGAUAGGGUUGCCAAAGUAAAAAAUUCUAAUGAGCAAUUGAUGCAAAUUCGCAAGGAAAUUGUGGAUUUCCAUGGAGAGAUGGUCUUGCUCGAAAACUAUAGUGCCCUUAACUACAUAGGAUUAGUGAAAAUACUAAAGAAGUAUGACAAGAGAACUGGUGCUCUCAUUCGCUUGCCUUUCAUUCAGAAGGUCUUGCAACAGCCUUUCUUCACCACUGACCUUCUAUACAAGCUUGUGAAGGAGUGUGAAACAAUGCUUAACCACCUUUUCCCGGUGAACGAUCCUUCGACUUCUGGCGAGGCACCUCCCCAAGCUGAGGAGGGAUGUGAUGCUUCAACUUCAACCAGCACAAAGAGUAGUGAUGAUCUGCUGAUGCCUAAGGAGUUAGCAGCAGCCAACCAUCACAUUGAGAGCCUUUAUAUGAAGAGUACCAUUUCAGCUUUGCAUGUUUUGCAGGAAAUUCGAAAGGGAAGCUCAACAGUUAGCAUGUUUUCAUUGCCACCAUUGCAGAUAAGUGGCUUGGAAGAAACAUGGAACAAAAUCCCUAUUCUGGAACAAACAGCCAAGUAAUGUGCUUGAUUACAUUGGGGAUUGAAAACUAGCUAGUUUUAGUGGCUUGGGAGUUUCACCUUUAUUUUAUUUUUUUUUACUUUUCAAAAUCUAGCGUCUCUCUUUUCUGGCAUGCCACAGAUAACAACACAGAUGUAAGAUGCUAAAGAUAGUGAAAAUAGUGAGAUUAUAGAAUUAUAGGCUUAAUCAUAUAAGAAAGAGCAAAACACUCUUUUCCAACUUCGAGUCAUGUGCAAAAAAUGUCUCUAUACUUUGAAGCUCACAUACACAACACUUUUGCUAAACUCCACAAAUUGAUAUGUACUGAAAGGUUGCAGACAUGUCUCAUAGUGAGACAGAAUUCCUUGCACUUUGCCCCGUAAUAAAACUUGAAGUUGAUAGAAGUUUGUGAUGUUUUGACAUUUUGCUAGCCUAAUAAAUUUAUUGUUAUCGGUUCCUUCUGAAA